AUGGCGGCACCCAUCCUGGCGCAACAGGCCUCGCCCGUCGAUGACGUCCUGGCUGCCCUUCAGAGUCCGCGGACAGCCGUGAAGAUCUGGGCCCUGAUAAAAAUUGCCCAAUUCGGCGCUGCGCGCGCCGCGCAGUUUCAGCUCGACUUGCAGGUCGCGCCCCUUCUAGACGAUGCCAGCAUGGAGGUGCAAGAGCAGGUGCUGCGGACCUUGAGCUACCAAGGUGAUCGCGGGGCACGCCACUGCAACAGCAUGGCCAGGAAGAUCCGGAGCCCGGUGAAAUCGGUGAAGUUGGCGGCCCUGCGAGCGUUUGGCAACCUCGGCACGCUGGCCUCGGCGUUCGGUGGUGACAUCCUGAGCUGCCUGGAUCAGAAGGAUCCGGAAGUCGAGGCAGAAGCGUGCCUGGCCUUAGGGAAGAUGAAGCUCACGACUUCGGGCAGCAAAGUCGCCGCGAAGCUCAGAAGCCCAGAUGCCGAAGUUGUGGCCGCAGCCUGUGGCGGACUUGCCGUCAUGGAUCGGGAGGCAGGCGCAGUCGCUGAGUUGCUGGCGCACAAGGACGGCCGGGUGAAGGCUGCCGCGGCAGAGGCACUGAAGGACAUGACCGGCGCCGAGGAUCGACUUUCUCGGCGAUCUUGGUUCUUGAUUCCCGGGUCUCUUGGCUGCAACUGCGUGACUCUUGGCCGCUCUUUGGAAAUUACGCCUGUUAGCGAUCGCCCUGCAGUUGGCGAUAUCUUCUUAGUUAGUAUAGCCAUGCAGGGCUUCAAAGUCAAUGGCCAUGCAAUCUUGGACGGACGUCAGGUGUUGAUAGCACUCGAGCCCGAAGCGCCCGCAGGUCCAGUGCGAGCACAGAACACAUAUGACAACCCACCCGAUUCAGAGGAGUUCGUGACUGCCCUUACGCAAGGGCAGAAACCAUGUCACCCAUCACGACUUCGAAUCACAUCGCAAGAGGUGCGAGUUAUGAUAUACAAUGUGCAGUGCCAGCUGAAACUCCGUUCCAGCGAAGUCAAGUGGUCAGAAGCCGCGCAGAACAAGUUGAUGCAGCUGUUGGGAAAACCCAAGCAGAAGCGGUGCAACAGAUCCAGUCAGGGAGGGCCUCUGGCUCUCAUGGAUAUCUCACCAAAGUCAAUAGACGUCCCACCCAAAGCCAGAUCCGCCAAUGAGCCUCUCACCAUUGGGAAUCAGGACGGCGCCAAUACGAAUGACGUGGAGCACAUGGAUGUCGACGACGGCCGCGAAACCAACAUGGCCGACAAGCACGUGGAGCUGGACAAGAAGCGCGCGUUUGUCGAGAAGGACCCCGUCACCCGAACGGACGGCGACCAGCCCAUGCACAUCGACAAUGACAACCUGCAGGACAGCGGCACGGAGCACAAGCAGGACAUGGACUACGCCAUCGGCAACGACAAUACCGCGAGCAUGGACACGGAUGACAAACACGAUGCGGGCGAGAACGGCGACAACACCAAGGAGGAGGACCACGUGGACAACCAUGUUUCGGACGGCGAGUGCAGUUCAUCUUCAGACUCCUCCAGCUCAUCGUCCUCAUCGGCAUCCACGAGCAAGCGCUCUCUCAGGAAGCGCAUCAGAACACUUGAGUCCCAGACAGAUGUUCUUCAGAGGAAGGUCGCGGUGCUGGAAAACGACCUGGACAAGGUGAACAAGGACCUCUACUUGGCCAAUGAAGCACUAGGCUGUCAUGACGGCUAG